AUGAGGGUAAAAAGUAUUUUGAUUUUGUUAGCCGUUUUUUGGUUCGCCCAUAUCCAUGCGGAUUUCGCUGAGGAUGGUCUUAAAAAGCAUAAUGAGUACAGAAAAAUGCACGGUGUCCCGGCCCUAAAGUUAGACCCGGAUAUCACCAAAGGCUGUGAAUCAUAUGCCCAGACUCUGGCCGAAUUGGGUAAGCUUGAGCACUCAAAAUCAGAAGAUCGUCCCGGGCUUGGAGAGAACUUAGCCUACACCUACUCCGAUCCGCUUUCCGUUGUAAAGAUGUGGUAUGAUGAAAUAUCCAAGUACGAUUUUAAGAAGCCAGGAUUCAAUAUGGAAACCGGCCACUUCACGCAAGUCGUCUGGAAGGCCUCUACCCACCUGGGUAUGGGCAAGGCUACAGACAAGCUUGGCAGAAUUUGGGUUGUGGGCCGGUACAAGCCGCCAGGCAAUUUUAAAGGGCAAUUCGAAGAAAAUGUUCCCAGGCGGAACUAUGGUAAUUCAAUAAUCUGUUCAACAUCACUUGGCUUUGCUGCUCUUACUCUAAUUUUGGUUCUUAAUUAAUGCAUUAAGUGGAUCUCUAGUAAUUCGGAUUGUGAUUGGGUAUUUAAAUUCAAAAAAUUCAAAAUUUAAUAACGUAAAAUAAACCAUCGUUCGAUUAUGUCUCCAAGAGAAUGGUAUUCAAACCAUUCAUUCCUUCAUAAGCUAUAAUCGUCGUCUUAUCAACAUUGACUAAUCAUAAGCUCAGAAAUCAAUAAAGAUAUGGGCCUUAA